AUGCUGCUGGGAACAUGUAUUCGGUGGAGCAAGCGAACCCCCGGGUAUGUCUUUUGGCGUCAGAACACACUCGUCGAGCUGGAGAAGACAAAGCGUAACUACCUGCUCACCGAGCGUCCGGUUCCAAUCGCCGAUAUUGCACGCCGUAUGGUGCGGGUGAAGUCACGCUACCUUGACACGAAGGACUUCCACGAGCAGAACCUCCUGCGUGGGGAAUACAAAUACUUUUCCGGAAAACUCUGUGACGUUCGCCACGCACGAACAGAGGACAUGGUCGCCUACGUGGAGUGCGGCUCCUUCUUUGGCUUUUGGGACACUGCCCAGAUGAAUCGCGUGAUGGAUGAGCUGCUGCUAAAGCUCAAUGAGCUUGGUUCAGUUGAACUUGUGCACCUCUUCACAUCGCUCCCAUCACUGCGGAAACAAAGCAGCAACUUGUACGAAUACGUGGCCCGCGCCCUAGUUGCCGUCGUGCCGGAACUCUCUCUGGAUGAAUGCAUCCGGGUUGCGGUCGCGUGUGAUGAUGGGGUGCCUGAGGAACUCAUAUAUAAUUUGAUGCGGGCAAUUGAACCGGAGGUUUCACGCGGUGGUCUUAGUGCAGUUCGUGCCGUGGAGCUCAUAGAUGCCUUUGGAACAUGUCUACCGUCGGUUCAACGAGAGUUUGAUUCGUUAUUUGACAAUAUGAAACGGACUGCGGUCGCGGGAAUGAUGGAGUUGAGUGUGAUGGACAUAGCGGUUCUGUGUACAUCUCUGAAACUAAGAGAGGAACUGGAUGCCUCUACAGAAACUAACGCUGUACGAGUGUUUCUUUCACGUUUAGAGGAAACGUGCGCGAGGUCUACAUCAAUGAUGUUUACCGCUGUGAGUGGCACGCUUGCCUUCGCUCAGGCCAUGGAGGAGCGAGUGGUGUUUCUCGCAACGGACUUUACACCGAGUGAGUUGCUCAGUGUGUUCAGUGUCUACAUGGACAAUUACACCUCCAUGUACAUUGUCACCAGUGGAGAUGAUGGAGUUGUGGCGCCCGCAACAAAGAAGUCAUCCUCACAAAAUUGCAUUGGGGAGCUUCAUUUUGCGCAACAUCGUCAAACGACUUUUUUGCUUGUGUUGCGGGAGCUGAUGGAUCAGAUGAUCCUGCAGAUGGAAUCCGCCACCGCGUACUUUUUACCCGCCGUGCAACUACAGUACUUGGAGGUAUUCAGUAAAGCCGUCGAAAACAUUGGCAGUAACGUUUCACAUUUGACGAGUGCCGUCCCUGUUUUGGGAAGAUGUUUGGAACUUCUUUCAUCGAGGGUCAUUGCCUCGCUGCAGCGGUAUACAUACAUGGAGCUUGUGGCACUGCUUCAACUCUGCGCUCCGUUGGGCAAGUUGGUGGCAGAUGCUGCUGUUGGUGCGGCUGUGCAGGAACUCAUUCAGCGGGAGGUGGGGACAUCUAAAGAAGAGUCAAUGGAGUUGUAUUCGAUGCUGCAGCGAGUGUCGGGGCUGCGUGCAGAACAUCAGCGUCAUAUUGAGAACUUUCUGCUGCCAAAACUUCGUGAGCGUAGUGGUUGGGCAGGCUGA